UAUGAACUUCAGAAGUUAUUUGUGGCUGCAGCCACUGUACAAGAUAUGCCAUAUUACAUGGUACACUGGGUUCUCUAGUGCUGAAGCCACUCUUUGCUGUUGCGUUCUGACCUAUCUAACACAGAUUGGUCCAGGGCAGUGCUGGCUGUGGCAUUGUCUGUGAAGGUUGGCGUUCAUCCAGGUCAUGGUAUAUCAGUAGUAAGUCAGAAAUGAAUUUGUAUAUUUAUUUAUCUUUAAACUUUGCAAGUCUUCAGACUGGCUUUCUUAAUUUUUAAUUGAGAGAGCCAGUUGGAGGACUAGCAAAGCUUUGCACAUAUAGUGUGCUGCUCCUAGUAACCUCUGUGUGCAUUAAGCAACCAAUGAGAGGAGGAGCAUACACAGCUAUAUGUAUUACCUAAUCAAGGCCUUUGGGCUGGGUAGGGCAAACGUGCACAAGACUGUUCCUCCACAGAUAAUAGGAGCACAUCCACGCUUGAAGGUGCCAUUCCUUCAAGAACUGAAGCACACAGAGUGAGAUCAGAGUGAAGACAAGGAGGAGGAGGAGCACUGGAUUAAAGUCUGCACCGACACGGCCAUCUUCUACAAUGAGCUCUGUGAUCUUUCAGCUUCUUGCAGUCUACAUCGUUUUCACCUCAUCAGAAAGAGGUUACUUCUGGCACUUGACAGACUUGCAUCUAGAUCCUAACUACACAGUGACCACUGACCCUGGGAAAGUAUGUCCAUCUGCAGGUGACCAGCCUGUUACAAAUGCAGGGAAAUGGGGGAAUUAUCUGUGUGACUCUCCAGGUUCUCUCAUAAACUCAUCCAUUUAUGCCAUGAAAACUAUCUUGCCUGACCCGGACUUCAUACUGUGGACUGGGGAUGACACCCCACAUGUACCUAAUGAAAAACUUAGUGAGAAGGCAGUAUUGGAAAUUGUGGAAUGGCUGACAACACUAAUCUUACAGGUGUUUCCAGAAACCAAAGUUUACGCAGCCUUAGGAAAUCAUGAUUUUCACCCUAAAAACCAACUACCAACACAAAAUAAUUCUAUUUAUUAUCGGGUGUCAGAACUUUGGAGUCCAUGGUUCAAGCAAGAAUCUAUACCUAUGUUUCAAAAAGGAGCAUUUUACAGUGAACAGGUGAUGAACAUAGAAAACGUGGGACGUAUUGUUGUUUUAAAUACAAAUUUAUACUAUGAUUCCAACAGUAUCACAGCCAAUAUGGAGGAUCCAGGUGGCCAGUUUGUAUGGCUGGAAAACCAGUUAUCAGAUGCUUCUCAAAAGGGAGAAAAGGUUUAUAUUGUGGGACAUGUGCCUCCAGGAUAUUUUGAGAAGAAACGUGGGAAGCCUUGGUUCAGGGAAAACUUCAACAAACGUUAUGUAGAGAUUAUCCAGAAGCACCACAAAGUGAUACAGGGACAGUUUUUUGGACAUCACCACACAGACUCUUUCAAAAUGUUCUACAGCAACUCAGGUGAUCCUAUUGGCAGCAUGUUUAUUGCACCUGGAGUAUCUCCUUGGAAAACCACUUUACCAGGAGUAGCGAAUGGAGCUAACAAUCCUGGAAUCAGAGUGUUUGAGUAUGACCGGAAAAACCUUCAGGUUCUGGAUAUGGUCACAUACUACCUGAACCUCACAUUUGCAAAUAUAGAAUCUCCAAGAUGGGAGAAGGAGUAUCGUCUAACAGAAGCAUUUUUGGUGCCGGAUGGCUCUCCCCAGUCUAUGCACAAAGUAUUGGAAAAAAUAUCUAAGGACCAAUGCUUUUUACAAAAGUACUAUGAAUAUAACUCAGUCAGCUAUGAUUUGGAAACCUGUGAGGAGUCUUGUAAAAUUGAUCAUGUUUGUGCUAUUCGUGAAGUGGACUUCACAAAGUACGAUGAAUGUGUAAAGAACAGUAUCUCGUCUUUAACGCCUGUCUCUCAUAUAGCAACGAUGAUGAUGAUGCUCAUCUGUCUCUUUCUGAAGUAAACCCACAAAACAGCUCUCAGUUCAAAAUAGAAGACAGAUUAUUCUUAGUCCUUGCUAAUAAAGCUUUUGGCACUAUGUAAAAACUGAAUUUGAAGAAAUUUGUAAAAUAUUAUGGUAACUGGCUCUAAUAAUAUAUAUUCUUCUGAAACAAACACAUAACUCUGCCCCAGGACUGAUUUUUUUUACUGUACAGGUGUCCAUACACCACAGUGUUUUGCUGUGUAAAAACCUGCACCUGACUAUUUUCUGGUGGACUUUUGUGCCAUGUGUGAAGAUACCCAUACUCAUUCACUUUGCAGGUACUGUACAAUGCUGCAGAUUUUCUGCACAAGAAUCCACAACGGCACAUCUACAGCAUUGCAGUCACAUUUGGACAUAGCCCAUUUCAGUCUUCUAAAAAGCGCUUGUCAAAACAACCCCAUUCAGAUGAAUGUCAUAUACUGACAGGCUUCUUCUAAACCACUACACAGCCAAAAUAGGAGGCAUAGAGAUUUAGCUUAAUACAAGUAAUGGUCCAUUUACACAUACUGACAAUUUUGGGCUAUUAUCGGGGAUAAGCAUUUGUAGAAACUCUUGUCCCAAUAAUUUGCCUGUAUAAAAGGUGCCAGCGAUCAUCUGAGCAAACAAUCUUUAUCCCAGUCAUGGCGCAUGCCCUCUUUACAGAAGGUCCAUAGCCAGGACCCAAAUGAUGCAGCUCACCAUAUCGUAUGCCAUACCAAGAGAUUAAAAGUGAUCCCAUGUUUGCUGACUAAACUAUUCCUGUGCUUGCCAUUUUCUUAAAGCCAUAUUUUUUUGGCGAUGGUCUUGAGUGACGGCUUGUUUUUUGUGGGAUGAUGUGUUGUUUACAUUGGUACCAUUUUGGGGUACAUAUGACUUUUUGAUCACUUGAUAUUAAGCUUUUUGUAUGGUAAUGUGACCAAAAAAUGGCUGUUCUGGCACUGUUUCUUAUUUUUUUACAGGGUAGAUUAUGUGAUAGUUUGAUAGCGGCAGUCGUGACAGACACGGCAAAACUUAAUAGGUCUAUUUUUUUCAAUAGUUAAUGAGUUGAUAAGUGUAAAGGGGUGUUUUUUUUAUUUUUUUUUACAAUUGAAACUUUUUUGCACUUUAUAUUUUUUCCCACUAGGGGACUUUAACUUUUGGGCUUCUGAUCUGUUUUACAAUGCUUUAUAAUACAUAGGCCUAAUAGCUGCCAUGCUCAGAGGCCUUUGUAAGGCCUUGCGCUGCUUUGUCAGGAAUCGGCAACCAGCGAUCACAUCACGGGGAGCCAAUGGGUUGAGAGAGAGAGCACCCUCCCUCUGCAAACCCCUUAGAUUUGUCAGUCAGCAUUGACAGCAGAACCUAAGGAGGUUAAUCCACAAGCAGCAAAGUUUUCAGGAAAGAUGACGGAUAUAACCAGGCCCCUGCUGCUGAUCGGGCAAGCAAAGCUCCUAUGCCCGCCUGAUCAGCACGCUGUACUAUUACGGCAAUGGUCAGGAACUCAUACAUUUUCAGCACUGGUUGGGAAGGGGUUAAGUUUACAUUGCUUAUUUCUGGUAUAACGUUGUAUGUAAUUUCAUAAAAUAAUUGAAUAUGGUAAAUAAAUAGAAAUCUGGAUUUUUUUCCAGAAUCAGAAUAUUCUGGAACUUUCUUGAGUAGAUUUCACUGAAAUCAGAGGAGAAAAAACCUGUAAUACUUUUUCCGUAAACACAAGAUAGAAGUAUUAUAAAUGAAGCUACUGUAUGUUUGCUCACAU